ACCAUCUCCCUUCCACUUUUUACGUCCAACAGGUACUAUAAGUACAGGGCUGGAAACGACUGGUGAUUCCUCCUUAGCGGUCUUCUUCUCCGCCCCAUCUGAAGCUGCGUAGAAAUCUCCGCCAUGGGCGAUUCCAAGGAGAGCCGUAGCAGUGAUAGCGGCGGCAGUGGGUGGAUGUCGGUGCCAGCGUUCGGGGAGUGGGACAUGAAGAACGGGGUGCCCGACUACUCCAUGGACUUCACCAAGAUCCGGGAGAUGCGGAAGCAGAACAAGAACCCCUCGCGCGCCAGCCUCGGCAACGACGACGAGCUCCUCACCAGCAACAGGCUCCGCUCCGACGGCGGCAACAAGGCGGAGGAGCAGGAGACUCAACACCGUCUUCCCCAGCACGACCAACGCCGCCCCAUCCAUCACCACCGCGGCGGCUCCCCCACCGGGAGGAAGAAGUUUAUGGGCUGCUUCCAGUGCUGUAUAGGUGCGUGAGACAGUGGCUGCCUGCAACACACACACACACACACAUUCACACACACACAGGCUCACUCCCUGGUGUUGCGUGCUUUGUAUUGUUGGCUAGAAGAUGGUGACUGCUUGGGUUGCACCGGUGUAAUUUCCUUUGUCGUUAUGGAUGUUAUGAGCUUAAUUUGUUUCCCCUGGAAAAAUUGUGGAUGAUGAUGGAAUGUUAAAUGUUAGGUUCACUUUUGCGUC